CUGCGUUUUCCCUCUUUGGGCCAUUCGAAACACCUCCUUCUUUGUGCCACACGCUCAACGCGCCGUCCAGCCUUCUCCUUCACUCCUCCACGGCUUCUCACAGCCUCACCUUUCUGCAGUUGUCUCGCCAGGCGCUGGGUCGUACGGAUAGCACACACCCUCUUUUUCUUUUCUUCCGGGUCGGGUGCAGGUCACAGAUCCAUGGAAACACCUUUCCAACGGUUCUCACAUCCAUUUCCAAUCUAUUCCAAAAGUUUGUGCUUUUGUCAGUCGCUGUCCUCGAAUUUUCCUUCUAUUCACUAGGCGCACUCGUCCAAUUUCCCUUUCAGCCCGAUAGUCACCACGCUAGCCUCCUUCAUACGAUGAUCACUCCUUCACAGACAAGGCCUUCCAUGCUACAGUAAUUGCAUGGUACCGCCCGUAAGGAGCUGCUGAUCACAACACUGGGGCUGCAAAGGCCUACGUCUUGUCGUCAGCUCUUUCCUGCGAGCAUCUUCUUGCCAAUUCAACGACAGCGAGGUCAUCGUCCUGCUGUUCAAGAUGAGGCCGGGCAGGAUGUUUCGACAUGCUAUGUCCCUGCACAAACGAAAUCCUCAAAACCUCAGUAACCUGCCCGCUAGCAUCGGAAACCCUACAAAAACUCUUCCUCAGUCGAUAGCUGCAACGGGUGUCACCCCGGAUCCUUCAGCGACGGCGCCGCUCGUUACAGCAGCAGCACCAUCGGGCUUUACAACAGUCACAGAGACAGAAACUUUGGCCAGGUCGAUAACCGGCCUCGAUACUGUAUCGACGACAGUCGCGACUAGAACGAGAAUAAUCACAAACUCCUCUGAAUAUGCCUCCCUCACAUCCGUUGCGGCCCAGUCCGCCUCCACAAAUGCCUCUACGACUUCAUCCAAAACAUCCUCCGCCGCGACCAGCAGUGCAGCUGCUCAAAAAUCAUCUUCUUCGAACAUGAGUACCUUGAUUCCAGCAAUCGUUGUGCCCAUUGUUGUGGUGUUGUUAGCAUCGUUGGGUGUUUUUUGGUUCCUCAUGCGGCGGAGACAUAACAAGGAAUUGAAGACCCAACCAGAGUUCGUCAUGGCUGGCAAGGGCGAGAAGCUGAGCAGCAGGUCCAACAGCGGCAGGUCGACAUCAUCUGCCGGUUCAGAGAAGAAAAACCCUGUUAUUCAGACAAGAGAGCUCUCCACAAAGUCACCUCCUACUACGACCUCAGAAUGGCCAUCGACACAAAUUGGCCUUGCGAGACCGCUGACUCCUCAAGAAACUCAAAAUUGGAAUCUCAGUCCCACUGGUAGAAGACCACUUGACCAAGCACGUCCUGGCACGGCGCCUACAGAGCGACCGUAUCGAAACUUCAAUGGACCUGGCCCGAGACCUCCGACAGCGAACCGUACCGGACCACCAAGCUCGGGGAGAGAUCGGCCACAGCAGCGCGCCAGAGGCUACAGCAACCCUAACCAGAGAGGACCACCGCCUCCCAGGACAGGACCAAGUCCGAUCCCGCGAGCUUCACCUAAUCCGAAUCCUCGAGGUGGACCAAGUCCAGUACCGCAGCGACCUGGCCCUCCAGGGUCUCAACAGGACUUCAGGAAUGAUCCAAGGGGUGGUGAUGGUGUACCAUCUUCCGCUGCCUUCCGCCUUCGUGACCCAUCGCCAAGCAUGAACCACAAUGCGCGAGCCCAGGCACCUGCACGACUCGCCGCCCCUCCCCCUGGUGCUUACAAUGGUGCAUCAUCCAUUUCCCAAUACUCGCCCAUUGUGAAAGACGCUCCAGGUUCUGCAAGGUCACCACCAACCAAACGAGGACCACCUCCACCUCUCCAGACGGAUCUUGCCAGUCGACGGGCGAACAAAUCGCCCAACUCAGCCAGCCCAGGUGCACUGACGGAGGAGAACAUGCGAAUAGCGCGAUUGGCAAACUCUUCCAGACUAGGAUAUACUCCUGCCGAGCCUAGUCCGUCACCCAAGCUCCCUCCACCGGCGACUCGAUCACAACUGAUCCCGCGGGAGUCUCCCAAGGACAGACCGGAAAAUUACUUUGGCGGCAGCGUAGGUUCAUUACCACAGAGCCGACAAGUCUCGACUUCCCACCACUCGGACCGAGCGAGUAUCGUGUCGGACCCGGACGACUACGAAGACAUCGAUGCCAAAUCGGACGUCAGCAGUCUAAACGAGUUCGAGCGAUUCGACUUCGGUCCCACGGCCGGUGGCAGUCGAGGUGGUAGUGCCGCAGGUCACUCCUUGAAUUACUUUGCCUCUCAAAACAGCCCAUCUGCUGGAAGAGGUAGCCCUUUUGGCGGUAAUGACACGACUUAUGAACGUUGGUGAUUGUAUCUCGGUGAAGAUCCGAGAAGAAGAAAAAAAGAGACGUGGGUUGUCACGGCUACAACCCUACUGGUAAACAAAAGGCCAGUCUCGGCAGUUGUUAAUUUGUUCUUUUGUUGUUGUUGAUGCAUAUUAGCAUGCAAGGCGACUAUUUUGUUCUUGUCGUGAUUAUGGCAUUUUUAACCUAGGUAGUUUUCUAUGAUACCCAUACCAUAUUAUAUCACCAAAUCCAGACCGUUCUCCUAACAACGGCUGGUGUUGAGAAGAGAGAGAGAGAGAGAGAGAGAGAGAG